CUCGAGCUACUUUGACAGUAUCUGUCAAGUCUGAGAUGAGGAGAUGCUGAGGCCUGUCUAGGCGCAUGGCAACGCAUGUUUCUCCCACGCGACGCUGUUGGGCUGACGUGAGGCGCAAGGCUAUGGCGCUGUAAGUUCGCUGGCGAGAGGAGGUCGAGAUGCUGUGUACCCAGGUCUGGACAAACGAUAAGCGCGCCGGGCUUGAUAGAGCUUGAUAACUGGCAAGAGCGUGCGUGUGGGGAGAUAAUUGUCUGGUGGCGCCGAAUUGGGUGCUGUAACUACCUGGCAUGUACCUAUCGAAUAUGGCGUUCCGGGCCUGCGAGCCUCCUCACAUCACUGGAGAGAUGAAGCUGUUCACAUACGAAGCUUGGGGUAUCCCCUCUACUGGCUCCUUCGACCCAUCGAACACAUUCGUUACCUCCCACUUCGUCUCCCCUCUCACCCUCGCAUGCAUUCGCGCCACCCUCUGCGUAUACAGCUUCACGACAAUCAUCGUAUCAUAUAGUUGGCUCGCGAACAACACAGCAAACAUUGGCCUGAAGGAUGUCAAUAUCGGCUCGUACACGAUCCAGCAAAGCGAGGCUGCUAUUGGCCAGUCAUUCAGCUUCUUCACCUAUCUCACCUUCUGGUCCCUUGGUUUCUACUUCCUAGUUUCGAGCAUGCACACGUUUGUGUUCGCGCUCAAGGAAAGCACAUGGCUGCACAAUUGGCCCAAGUCGCUCCAGCUGAUGCAUUCACUUUACUACUCAUGCGUCACGAGCAUGCCUUUCCUGGUCACAGUUGUGUUUUGGGGGACUAUGAACAGUGGAUGGCCUUCUGGUCGUUUUGAACAAUGGAUUAAUAUCUCAGUCCAUGGGUUGAACUCGGUGUUUGCCAUAGUCGAGAUUCUUUUGCCUGCCACCGAGACGCCACCCAUCUCGCACCUCAGCGUGGUGCUACUUAUCUUGUCCACGUACCUUGGUCUCGCAUAUUUGACAAGGUAUACGCAGGGUUUCUAUGUUUAUGAGUGGAUGAACCCCGCACAUGGCAAUGUCAGUAUCAUCCUACAUGUUCUAGGGUAUGCUGCUGGUAUUACCGCAAUUUUCUUCAUGGUCUCGGGUGUAAUCAGACUAAGGAACAUGUUCAUUGAAAGAUUGAGCGAGGGUAGACAGAAAAAUACACAAGAGAAAGGCGAAAGAUUGGAUGAUGUUUCUGAUGUCUGGUCGAAUGAGAUCAGUGUAUCGAGGCCUGAGUCGGCAAGGACGAAAGAAGAGUAUGUUGUAUGA